AUGGCAACUGCGAGCUUUGUUCGGUCUAGACCUCAAAGUUCUACUCGACGAAUACUGGAUGACGAGGCAGAAGAAACAUCUUUAGAUAAUUAUUUGAGAGAACGCACUAGCCAAAAAGAUCUUACUCGAUAUCAACCAACCGAUAGCAGAAGUCAAUCGUUUCAGUGUUGUUUUUGUCAAAAAUUUCACUCAUCAUCAAUAGCUCUAAGUGGUCACUUAAUGUCAUGUGGAAAUAAAACUGAUCAAUGUCCAAAGUGUCGGAAAUUUAUACGAAGAGCUAUUUUUGCUUAUCAUUAUGAAAACGAAUGUGCAAGCUUGGAAGAGACAGAUGCGUUUACUCCUCGCUCUGAAAAUCCAUCAGCAAAUCGUCUUACUUCAAAGUCUGAUAGUUCAAAAUUAAGAGAAUAUGACCAAGAAGAUGAUAGUAGUUUUAAUUCUUCCAAUAAUCGCACGAAAAUAUUAGAUGCUACUUCAUCAUCGCCUUUUAAAAAAACACAUUCAACAACUAACGCGUAUCACACUUCACACGAUAUCGUUUAUAUCCCAUGCGAUAUUUGUAAUGAGCAGAUUGAUUUACGCCACUGGUCAAAUCACAGUCAAGUUUGUCGAGACAAAGAAAAUCGUCGAAUAGCGACUCUUACUGAAACAAUAAAUCGAGAACCUGUCACAGAAAACGUUUCAUGCGAGUAUUGUGAAGCGUUAUUUCCAGUACAAAGACUUCAACAUCAUGAAUUCACUUGUGAAAAAAAUCCUUUAAAUUCAAAUCGAGUAGCCAAGCUUCGUAAUAGUCGACCAUCAUCGACAGUCGUGCUUACAAAUGAAUCGCCCAAAACUGAUGGAGAUCUAACACUGCUCUCAACGUAUCUUCCCUUUCAACCGACGUCUCUAUCGGUUUAUAAUCAUUCCGCAUAUCCCAAAAAUACUCUUGGUCAAACCAAUGAUCGAGAACGUACUAAAACAUCAAAAAAUAGAUGUACUUCAUCUCAUGUACAAAUUAAUGAUCAUAGAAUUAAUGACAUUCCGAGACUGAACGAUAAUGGUAGAUCAUCUCUGGCUAUUGACGAACAGUCAAGACUUAGACAACGUCGAAGCAGCAGUAAUUUUGACUCAACAUUGAUAAAUUCUUCUGGUCAUGUUAGUAUUCACGAUGCCUUGUCUGGAUUAAAAACGGAACGUUUUCCUACUGGCACGCAAUCAUUAACAAAUAGAUUAUAUGCUACCAAACCACCGGAGAGAAACUCAGAAUCAUACAGAGCUAUGUCCACAAUACUAGGGUCAACAGCUGUUGAUUCACGUGUGCGAUCGACAUCAAGAAACUUCGUUGAUGCACGGGGUAGCCAUCAUUCAAACACUAAUAAACCUAUUCAGUCGCGUUCGGAUAGCGAUAAUACAUUUUUUGAAAGUCCUCGUAGCGAAGAUCAUGCGAAUCAGCCAAAACUUAAUCAAAAGACUCGUCCUCGGACGAGCAAUACUAACGCCCAACGGAAACCAUUGUAA